UCAUUGUUUGCUUCCUUAAUAUUUGCUCUGCCGCCUGUAACAUCUGCUAGUGGAGGGUGCCGGCGAGGCGGGGAGGGGGAAAACUGGUUGUCCUCUUUGCUUGAUUUAAAAAAGGAAAGAAAAAAAAACAGCAGAGGCAACCUGAUGAGCAGACUGGCGCUGGAUGAAGGAAAGCAAGGAGAGAAAAAAAUAAAAUAACUGAAGAAAUGCAUUAGCGCUUACUCAUUUCCUUGGAAACCAAAGGCGGCAUUUUACUGGGCUUGGUGAGGCCUCUGCCUGUUUUAUUGCUAAUCCCCAAACUUUGUUUCUUUACUUAGCUUCAAUGAAGUUCAGACAUGAUAUACUAACUUUGGGAUAAAAUGCAUGUGGCAGCAGAGAUUUGACAUUGCAGGACUAAAUCAAUUCUACCUUUUUAGCUUUUGAUUUUUUUUUUUUUUGCUGUACCAAACAGUCAGCAAGAGGAAUCUGUCUUGGCUGCCUCAAAUUACUCCUUCAAGAAUGCCAGUUGUACAGUCCAAUGUAAAGGCAGCAGGAUUGGCCCUUGUUUGUACCGGGAAUGAGGGCCAGUUAAGCUCGGAGGCUGUUUUGCAUUUCAGGAAGGAGCUGCAUGGAGCCAGGCAAGCUAUGUAGCUGCAACCAAAGUUCUGCUAUUGGACACAAACCUGCUCUUCCAAUCUGUUGCAUGUCAUCAAUAAUGGACCAUCUGUAUGUGUUGCCUUUCAAAUGUGCGUCACCUAAAACCUGGCCUGCUGUUAAAGAAGCUGGAGUUUUCAGUGUGAAUUAAGGAGCUACAUAACCUACCCUUAAAGCAAGUCAGUUUACCUACACCUUGGAGCUUCACCUUCUCAGUGUUCUUGAGCAGAUGGCCACCCCUUACUGGAUGGUUCCGCAGCAAUUCAGGGAUUGCUAUUGGAUUAAGUGAGAAUUGAGCAUGACAACUGCAGCCUGGUACCACCGUGAUAUCAGCCGAGUGCAUGCAGAAGAUCUUCUGGCCAAAGCUGGCAGGGAUGGCAGUUUUUUGGUGCGGGAUAGUGAGUCUGUGCCCGGUGCCUAUGCACUCUGCCUGUUAUUCCAGCGUCAUGUCCACACAUACCGAAUUCUUCCUGAUGAGGAUGGAUUGCUGGCUGUGCAGACUUCACAAGGAAUUCAGGUCAACUGCUUCAGGACACUGGCAGACUUAGUCUUAGGGUACCAGCAACCUCAUAAAGGUCUGAUAACCCCUUUGUUGUAUCCAGUGCUUCGUGAGACUGAUCCUGGGGAUGAAGGAGGCAGCUCAGAUGUUGACGAUGACCGUGCUGUACCUACUACAUCCCAGAAUGUAAUACAAAUGACAUCAAGUAUGAGGGUUACAUCUGAGCCGCCUCCAAGCAGUCGAGUACCUCUACCCCACAUCCUUCAACAGAGGCUCCAAGAUCUCUCGAGCACUAGCAUGACAAGUGGAAUGGUUAGUCUGGUGAAUGAAUACCUCAGGACUCAACUCCAGCUGGACCUAGACGGCCUAAGGAAUGGCAAUCCAAAUCUGCAGCACUUUAAUCGGGCUUUAGCUACUGCCUGUAGGAGCCUUCACAGUGAAAUUGACUUGACUCUUUCCAGUCUUGAGACUUUGGCCAAAGUCUUUGAUCACCCCUGUCCCAAUGUGACUAAAAUGCAGGGAGCAGCAGAGAGUGGUGAGUCUGACCUGGAGAGUCUCCUGAAGAAAAUCUCUUCCCUCUGCAGUCUACUGUCAUCCUUGGAACAGAAGGUGUUAAAGGCUCUACAGGAAGCAGUGUCCAACCACAGCUUGGCUAUUUCAGAAACAAAAACCCGCUUACCUGGUAAAGAUGUGAGGUCAACACAUAUGCACACCUUUGAGGUGAAGGUAGGGAGAUCUGGAAGAUUGAUAAUGACAGUUGAUGUUGAUGGAGGUCGUCUGAUGGUCAGGAAACAUUCAGGAGCCCUUCAGACAGAGAUAUUUUCUCAUGACAAGAUUUUACAGCUUGUCAAGUAUGGUCGUUCCCAGAACCGCCUGCAGAUUGUCCUGGAUACACAGAAGAAUCAGCUACGGGAAGUGGUAUUUGAAAAUGCCAGAAAGCGGGAAGCGUUUUGCCAGCUACUACAAAUGAUGAAGAUGAGGCAUUCAAAUCAAGAUGAACCGGAUGUGAUCUCUGUCUUUGCUGGCACUUGGAACAUGGGGAGCACGCCUCCUCCACGUAGUCUUGCCUCUUGGCUGACCUCAGCUGGUCUGGGGCGGAUUUUGGAUGAGACGAUGGUCCAGGUGCCGCAUGACAUUUAUGCAAUUGGGACUCAAGAAAAUAUUUUGGGAGACAGAGAAUGGGUUGAACUCUUGAAAGCAGCCUUGAGGAGUAUUACUAAUAUUGAUUUUAAGUUGGUGGCACUGCAGUCACUGUGGAAUAUCAGAUUGGUGGUACUGGUGAAGCCAGAACAUGAAAAUCGAAUCAGCCAGGUAGACACGGCAAGUGUUAAGACUGGACUGGGCAACACUUUAGGUAAUAAGGGUGCUGUAGGUGUGUCUUUUUUUUUCAAUGGAACUUCAUUUGGGUUUGUCAAUUGUCACUUGACGUCUGGCAGUGAGAAAACCAUCAGACGUAACCAGAACUACCAGGAUAUUUUGCGUCUUCUGUCACUUGGGGACAAACAGCUCAACUCCUUUGAUAUUAGCCUGCGUUUCACUCACCUCUUUUGGUUUGGAGACCUAAACUAUCGGCUUGACCUGGAUGUGCAGGAGAUUCUCAGACAAGUUACCAAACAAAACUUUGCAGAGCUGCUAUGUGCAGACCAGUUAUUCAGAGAACGUGAGAAGCGAAAGGCCUUCCUCCAGUUCAAUGAAGAAGAGAUUACGUUUCCACCAACCUACCGAUAUGAGCGGGGCUCACGGGACUGUUACCUCUGGCAAAAAUGCAAAACUACUGGGGUACGAACCACUGCUCCAUCAUGGUGUGAUCGCGUGCUUUGGAAGUCAUACCCUGAGACUCACAUUACCUGUACUUCUUAUGGCUGCACUGAUGACAUUGCUACAAGUGACCACUCUCCUGUCUUUGGAACAUUCCAGGUUGGAGUAACAUCCCAGUUUAUCUCCAAGAAAGACCCUACUUCGAAUACAGAACAAGCCUGCAUUGUUUUAGACGGAAUUGAUGCCAUUCUUAAGACAAGCAGCAAAUCGAAGUUCUUUAUUGACUUUCAUUCCUACAGCCUGGAAGAAUUCAGGAGAUCAGGGGAGAAUGACUCGCAGAGCAGUGAGAUGAUGGGUUUUCUGAAAUUGUCCUGGUCAGCCAAACAGCUUCCCAAGCUCACUCCAAUCUUGUCUGACAUGGAGUAUCUUCGUGGUCAGCAUUUGCUGAUUUCUAUUAAAUCAAGUGAUGGAUUUGAGUCAUAUGGUGAAUGCUGUAUUGCUUUUCGCUCUCUAAUUGGCAGUACACCACAGCAGUUUGAGACAUUUUUGAUACACCGUGGGGAAGAAAUGGGCUCUGUUCGUGGCUGGAUUCAAGUCUAUGUUCCCAAGGACCACUGCAACACAAGGGAAAGGAUUUAUGAAUGGUUUUGCUUUGAAAAGGAUGAAAGCAGUGGGCAUUUAUCUUCACUUCAAGCCAACAGUGACAGGACCCCUUCUGCUCCACUCGCUGCUCUGCCAAGCAGUUACAUUAAUCCUGCCUACUACAUGUUUGAACAUUUUCCUCCACCAAAGAUGAAGCCUUUAGAUGCCUGUAGCUUUCCUAUGUCUUCUGACUCAAAUGCAGUACCCAGCAAAGACUUCAUAUUAUACCCAAAACUUAUUUCAGGAAGCAAUAAGGGAGGUCAGAAAACCUGCAACUCUAACUUUGCUGAAAUUGAAAUCCCAACCUACCCAUCAAAUUUUGAGCUUUGUAAAGACUUUGGAACUCAAUCAAGUAAGUCCUACCAACUUUUUCCAAAAAAAGAAAAACCUCUCCUUAAUUCAGGGCAAAGAAGGGAAAAUGUGGAAACCAGUCAUCACAAGGAUAAACCCCUCUUUUCCAAAGAAUUCUUCACAGUCCAUAAAAAUCAUGAUGAACUUUUACGGAGCCACAGUAAUAGCUGUAGGGAUCGCCUAAAGGUGUAUAAUGAUCAUCUGCCCACACUGUAUAAAUCCCAGCCCCUUUCAGUGUACAAAGACAAGCCUAACUCUUCUAAGGAUCUUCUGCUUCCUCUACACAGAGAACAAUUUCAGAGGUCUGCAAGAUCAGAAACAUUUGUCUCUCGGAUGCCAGAGCCUCUGCCUGGACCACCCAUUGGUGACCACUCCUUCACUGCUUUGCAAAUUGCAAAAUCCCUAAGUGAUAUUGACUUUAAGCCAUUUAAAAAUGAUUAUUCAGUUCCCAAGCAGCAAGCUCAAGGACGUAAUUUAAGUUGUGAAAUGCUUGAUCCCACAGAGGGGUGGCAAAGAAUAGUCAGAAUGAAGCAAGGACUUCGUCAAAGUGAAAGAGAGGCAUUUUCAAUGCAUUGUGUCCCCCGGUCAGUGGGAGAAUGGCUGAGGUUGCUGGGAUUGCAGAGAUAUGAGAAGGUCCUAUAUCUUAGUGGCUGGCAGGAACUGGAUUUUCUCAGUGACCUUACAGAAGAAGAUUUGCUUAAUGCUGGCGUGAUGAACCCUGCUCAUAGAAGAGUGAUCCUGCAAAACCUACCUGACACCUGGGAGUAGCAGAAACCAAAAUAAAUAAAUACCGAGGUUCUCUUACUACAAACACAAAAACAGCAGACGAAAAAAAAAAAUGUUUUUGUGCAACAUGUCUUCAAGAUGUUCCUGUGAAAAAGUCAAUUUUACAAACAUGCUCAGUGCAAAAAUGCACAAUAUUUAGGAGAAUGUACACAAGACCACAGGCUCUAAUCAGUCUACCCUGGGGUCUAAAAAGGUAUAUGGUAAAAGAAGCAGCUGGAACUAAUUUCGUCUUUUGAAAACAAAGUGCCUACUCCGCUCAAGCUGCUUAUGAAUACUGAAGUGUUGUGCAUGCUGUGUAAAAUUAAGAAGCUAAUGUUGUUGCUACAGGGUGAUCUUUCUAAAACCACUGAAUGUAUGCAUUGUUGGCCUCUCAGGAAAUGACCAUAAAGUGCCUGGAACUGGGACUAUUAUUCAUAUAUUUGCAUUUUCUCUCUUUUUUAAUUCUAAGCUGUGCUUAGCACUUUCUUUUACAAUAAAGCCACAUAUUCAUUGUGCAAAUAAGAAACAA